CCUCCCCCACCUUCAGUUUUCUUCAACACAAAACGUUCUUCCAGUUUCUACUUUCUGCGACACUCUAAACUUUCACUUCAAAAUGCAGCUUCUUCAUGCUCCCUCUUGUCUACACCUAUCCUUUCGAAGCACUAAACAACAUCCGAAAGAAGGAUUGCUUUCAAUAGAGAAACAAGCUCGACCAUUACCUCCCAAAUGCUCCUUCCAGACUCAAAAGCUUCAAGGGUCAAUAUGGGUAUCACAUAAGCGGCCAAAUUUUAGCUGCUUCACAACUGAAGCUGCCUCUGCUGAAGCAAUCUCAAUUGGAACGGCUGACGAUGAUGUAUUAAAGGCUUUGUCUCAAAUUAUUGAUCCGGACUUUGGAACUGACAUUGUAUCAUGUGGUUUUGUGAAAGAUUUGAACAUUGAUGAAGCUUCAGGAGAGGUUUCCUUUCGUUUGGAGCUCACAACACCAGCAUGUCCAAUCAAGGACAUGGUAAAUGACACAAUCACCAUUGUUUGAUCAAGAACUGACGUAUGUUUGAAAUGGUAGACUUUUGUUUUGUAAAAACUCACUGAAAACUAACUAGUAAUGAGAACAUGUUGAUGACUUUGGAAAUUUCACUUUUCUUCCUUUCCAAGUUUGUAUUGUGAAUUAUUUCUCAUCCACAUGAUGCUGUUUGUUACAAUCAUUAAAGCAUUUCCUACAAUCUAUGUUGUUAUCUUUGUCUCUUUGUGUUGUAUGUGCUGUUCAAUAGAUAUAAUGCUCAAGUCUAACAUUGACAUGUGAAAUCAUAGCAUGAUUGCUAUUGCUUAACAGUUUGAGCAGCAAGCAAAUGAGGUCGUGGCUAUGCUUCCCUGGGUCAAGAAGGUCAAUGUGACCAUGUCAGCGCAACCAGCCAGACCUGUCUUCACCGGGCUACUUCCGCCAGGGCUGCGGACAAUUUCAAAUAUUGUGGCAGUUUCAAGUUGCAAGGGAGGUGUGGGAAAAUCAACAGUUGCUGUAAAUCUUGCAUAUACUUUGGCUGAUAUGGGGGCUAGAGUUGGUAUCUUUGAUGCUGAUGUUUAUGGGCCAAGUUUACCAACAAUGGUCUCCCCACAAUACAGAUUGUUAGAGAUGAAUCCAGAGACAAAAACUAUCAUUCCAACUGAAUACCUAGGAAUCAAACUGGUAUCUUUUGGAUUUUCUGGACAAGGUCGUGCUAUAAUGCGAGGUCCAAUGGUUUCUGGGGUCAUCAACCAACUUCUGACGACAGCUGAAUGGGGAGAACUUGAUUAUCUUAUUAUUGACAUGCCUCCAGGAACUGGUGAUAUCCACCUUACUUUAUGCCAGGUAGUCCCAUUAACUGCUGCAGUUAUUGUUACAACCCCUCAGAAGUUGUCAUUCAUUGACGUUGCAAAAGGGGUUCGCAUGUUUUCAAAGCUUAAGGUGCCAUGUGUUGCUGUAGUUGAGAAUAUGUGCCACUUUGAUGCUGAUGGAAAACGCUAUUACCCAUUUGGUAGAGGUUCUGGGUCGCAGGUCGUGCAGCAGUUUGGAAUCCCUCAUCUGUUUGAACUUCCAAUUAGACCAACAGUAUGUCCUAAGAUAAAUCUGCUAACAAUGUUUGUAUGGUGAUAUAUAUUAUAGUUGCCUACUUGAAAUGACUCUUCUAUAAUUUGAUCAAACAAUAUUGCUGCAUAAUCCUUUCUUAUGUGUUCUGAUGGUCCUAACUUUCAAGCUUCAUAUUUAUUGCAUUAACAGUCAAGCACCAUAAUCUGUCUUAGGAAAAUUUAACUUCAACUUGUGAAAGAAUCCCGAAAUUAGUUUACAUUUGGACUUGAGCAUCUAUAUUUUAUUUACACAAGUUCCAAUCUUUCUGAAGCAAGCCUUAAUAUUCCUACAUGAAGACCAGUAGUCAGUCAUAUUUAAAAUGUUAGAAUGUCUAGGGUCAUGUUUCAUGACAUUUAUUUGGACAGCUUUCUGCUUCUGGGGAUGGUGGAAUGCCAGAGGUGGUGGCUGAUCCUCAAGGUGAAGUUGCCAAGAUAUUUCAGGACCUUGGAGUAUGUGUUGUACAACAGUGUGCCAAGAUUCGCCAACAAGUAUCGACAGCUGUCACCUAUGAUAAAUCUCUCAAGGCAAUCAAGGUGAAGGUACCAGAUUCAGAAGAAGAAUUCUUUCUGCAUCCUGCAACUGUGAGACGUAAUGACCGUUCUGCACAAAGUGUGGAUGAGUGGACUGGAGAACAAAAGCUACAGUACGGUGACAUUCCAGAAGAUAUUGAACCCGAAGAAAUUCGACCUAUGGGAAACUAUGCAGUGUCGAUAACAUGGCCUGAUGGAUUUAGUCAGAUUGCUCCCUAUGAUCAGCUCCAAACAAUAGAACGGUUGGUUGAUGUUCCUCAACCAACUUCCAUUCAAGCAUGAGAAUAUUCCUCACUUCUUCCAGAUUCUUCUCUUCAGACAACAAUGGCAACUUGACAGAAGUAAUUCAAGGCAUUUGUCUUCUUUGUUCUCCAACCAAAAUGGCGGGACAAGUUUAGUGCAGAAUCGGAACGAACUGUCUUAGACACAGUUAAAUCAGUUGUAAGAACCUAUGGAUGUAGUAAUGUGAAAAUAUAUAGAACCCAACAGCCCUCUCUUCUAACACAUUUCCACCCAUGUAGUAUUGAUUCUAGACAUUGAAUAUCACACAAAAAAGUGGAAAUUGUAACAAAAAGAAAGUAUACUUUUCUAUGGUUUUACAU